ACUGGCAGCCAAAGAGGCAUGUGUUUUUGUGCCCCUCUGUGAAUGCAGCUAGCUCGUUUUUUUUCUCUCUUCUGAAGAGAGGGAGAAAUAGAAGGAGAGAGUGGGAGAAACGUCCUACGACAGACAAAAACAAGUGUCUCCUACAAAACACAGGAUUAUUCAUUUUCUGUGUCCUUUCAGUGGGUAGGUACACUGGAAAAAUACCAGAACACCGAAGACUGAACAGAUCAUUUUCCAGUAUUUCUAGCAAAGCGUCCGAAUGUGCACAUCUGAACAGGUCGCAUAGACCCAGCGUGACCGUCCAACUGGACCAUCAGGGGGCGCUGUCAGUCAUCGCUCACCAUGAUGCAGCGGGACGAUCUGUCCGGCAUGGAGGAGUUCAGCUACGCCCAGAUGACCACACUGGAGAGGGGGGCUACGGUGGCCCGGCGGGGUGGUGCUGGCAGGGACCGGCCGGAGAGCUUCACGGUGGAUGUACGAGCCAGUGACCUGCAGCUUGCUCAUUCAGUGAAGCCUGUGCACCCAUGCCUUAGCUACAGGACCUGGCUCUACAGCGUCCUCAUUGGGAGCAGUCUGUUCGUCACAGCUGGCUUCUCCCUGUACCUGGGCAACGUGUUUCCAUCAGCUAUGGAUUACCUGCGCUGUGCUGCAGGCUCGGGUAUUCCGGCAGCAGUUGUGAGCUUUGCCAUUGCCAAGACCCACCAUGUUCCUGUAUCAGAUUACCUGCUGGUGUUUGUGUCGUCCUUCGCUGUGACCACCUCCUGUUUGGUGUGGUUUGGCUGUAAACUGGUGUUCAGUCCCUCUGCUGUCAAUAUCAACUUCAACCUCAUUCUCCUGAUUCUGCUGGAGGUGCUGAUGGCCAGUACAGUCAUCCUGUCUGCCCGGUCGGCAGAUGGGAAGUCAGUAACAUAUGACGGGCCUGUAGUUCUGGAACCUGCUGUCUUUCCCGCUCGACUUCUGAAGGCCUAUUCUGUAAUUGAGGUAAUCGUGGGCAUCUCAGCUGUGUUUGGCGGUAUGAUCGCAGUCAACAUGGACGCCUUGAUGCCUGGCCCUUAUCUGUCUGUCACCUUCUUCUGGAUUUUAGUGGCUUGUUUCCCCAGUGCCAUUGCCAGUCAUGUCGCGGCAGUGUACCCCAACAGGUUUCUGGUGGAAACGCUGACGGCCAUUACCAGUAUUACAUCCCCGCUGCUCUUCUCCGCCUCUGGCUACCUCUCCGACAGCGUGCUGAGUGUCGCCGGCAUCUUUCUCCAUGAGGCGUCAACAGCCAAGCAAUGGUAUGACAUCCUGCUGCUGAUUGUGAUGGUGCUGCUGCUGGUGCAGGCAGUUUUGACUCUGGCCACCGUGAUACACUGUGCUUCCUACAAGAGCCAGCUCUGCAGGGGUGCUCCAGAGUGGAACGAUGGCCUGCAGUUCCCACCACUCCUCUCUGAGCAACAAGCAUCCAACGGAACACUGCGGGACUUUGAUAAAGACAAGGCCUGGAAGGCGGUUGUUGUCCAAAUGGCUCAGUGAACAGAGGAGGAUUGGAAGGAGGACAACAGUGAACAGAGGGGUAGUAGAAGGAGGAAAAACUGUGAGCAGAGGAGUAGAAGGAGGACAACAGAGAAAAGACAGGGAGAGUAACAAAUAAAUAAUGAAUUCCUGUUGCCAGUUUUACUGAAGAAAAUGAACGAGGAAACAAGACUGCAGAAUGUAAAAGUGAACAAAAUGGCAAGCAAGGGAAAAAAUUGCUAGCAGGGGAGAGAAAGUGUGAGCAUGUAAAGGACAAGUGAGGAAAUUCAAACGAGUGAAACAGGAUGAAACGUACGGUAUUAUAACCACACAUCUCUACAAAAUGGUGAUGCUUUUUAAAACAAUCUGCUUACUGUGUGCAGCCUUUAGACCACUGGGAGCUCUCGUUCCACUUUCUGUUGUUUUUGCAGCUGUUUUCUUUUGGGCUCUACACAAUCUAGUGUUCUUUGCAUAUAAGACUUUAGAUCUAAUUGAUAUUGACACAAAUGUGUAUGUAUACAACAGACAUUCAAUUUUUCAAAUUUUACUAUUAAUUUUUACGUGUCAAUUAGAUGCAAUUAUUGAUUGCCUUCCAGUCAAACAGAUGAAUACAAAAUAUACACGUCAUCAUGGUGCUUCAUCAUUUUAUGGAUUCCUAUUCUAUCAAGCUCCUUUUUUGGUUGCCACAGACUGAAGCAACAUGAAGACAAUAUGCUAUUUACAUGUAUUUGGUGAAAAUAAAAAAUAUGCUGUG